CCCAUCAGGUCCGCUCAUCAUCCGGCGCGGGGAAAAAGGGCUACUGUAGCCAUCACCAAGUUGGUAGCAUGCUUUAAAUGCAAUUUGAGGAGCACAAUGUGCGCUAGCUUGUGGGAAGAGGAGCUCGGGGUUAAUGGUCGUAUACAGGUUCGCCUAGCGUUCGGCUGAACAUCGGUAGAUGUUCGCGAUAGGCCCGAGCGCCCGCGUAGAAGCCUUCGACACGCGACUCCAUCAUCAACCUCUCCGCUCACACUCACUCUUCACUAACAUCCACUUGGCUGUCGCCACUGCCAUCAUCACUUCGAGCGACAGUGCCAUCACACCCGAAGAAGAUGGCGGACGAAGUGAGCAUCGACAAGGCCAACUUCCAUAACCGUCUCUCGACCCUCGUCACAGCGUGGAAGGCUGAUAAGCGCAGCGGCAACAACGUCUUCGGUGAUGUCGGCAGCAUCGCAAUUGUUAUGGGAAAGAGUGAUGAGGUGCAGAACUUCCACAAGGCAAAUGCCAUGCAAUUCUGGCUGUUGGGAUAUGAGUUCCCUGCCACGCUAUUCCUGAUCACAUUGGAAACUAUAUACAUGGUCACAACGAAGAAGAAGGCGAUGUAUCUUGAACCGCUGAAAGAUGGCGCGAAGAUGAACAUCGAAAUCAUGGUGAGGGGUAAGGACGUAGAAGAGAAUGGUAAGCAGUUUGAGCGGAUACUGGAGACGAUCAAAGCUGCGGGCAAGAAGGUCGGCGUAAUCACGAAGGAUUUGUCAGGCGGUCCUUUCGUGCAAGAGUGGAAGACAGCUUUUGCGGACAUCAGCAAGGAUGUUGAAGAGGUGGAUAUCAGCCCCGCCCUCUCCUCCGUCAUGGCAGUGAAGGACGAGAACGAGUUGCGCAACAUCAGGAACGCUUCGGUAUCGUCAGCCCACGUUAUGGCCGACUUCUUCGUUGACUACAUGUCCGACAUCUUGGACAAGGACAAGAAGAUCACGCAUCGAGCACUGAGCGACAAGAUCGCAAACAAGAUCGAUGACGAGAAGUUCUUCAAGUGGAAGAAGGCGCCGCAGCCGUUUGACGUCUCACAGCUGGAUUGGUCUCUCAACCCAACAGUCAUGAGUGGUGGCAACUUUGACAUCCGCCUCGCUACAGAGCCUGAUGACAACAACCUGCAUGCGGGCGUCAUCAUCUCGGCGCUAGGUCUGCGCUACCAAACAUAUGCGUCAACAGUGGCGCGGACAUAUCUUGUCGAUCCAAACAAGAGCCAAGAAAGCAUGUACAAGCUGCUUUUGAACGUCCAUGAUGCAGUGAUCAAAGAGUUGCGUGAUGGUGUUGCUGCGAAGGAUGUAUACAAUAAGGCUAUCUCCGUCAUCAAGGCAAAGAAGCCAGAGCUGGUCGAGAAGUUCGUGAAGUCUGUCGGUGCAGGCGUCGGCAUUGAGACGAGGGAUAGUCAGCUUCUGCUGAACGCGAAGAAUACACGCACGCUGAAGGAUGGCAUGACGUUCACCAUCACAACUGGCUUUACGGACCUCGAGAACCCGAAUCCGCAAGAUAAGAAGCGCGAUGCCAAGUACGCCCUCAUGCUGAGUGACACCGUCCGCGUGACUGCACCAAACGUUGGAGACGCGUUUGUCUUCACUCGAGAUGCGCCUACCGACAUUGAGAGCACUUCUUUCUUCUUCAACGAAGACGAGGAAGAGGACAAGAAGGAGAAGCCGAAGCCGAAGAAGGACCCUCGAGUGGGCGCUGUUGCAUCAUCAAAUAUCACCAAGACACGUCUUCGUGGUCAAGGCGCGCAGACGCAGAACGAGGAGAAGGAGGCUGCUCGGCGAGAGCACCAAAAGGAGCUCCACGACAAGAAGCAGAGAGAAGGCAAGGAGAAGUACGGCGAAGGUCACGGCAACCUUGACGGCACGCAGGAGAAGAAGUUCAAGCGCUUCGAAUCAUACAAGCGUGACAGCCAGUUUCCGAACCGGGUCAAGGAUCUCACGGUCCUGGUCGACUCGAAGAAUGACUCCAUCAUACUACCCAUCAUGGGCCGACCGGUACCUUUCCACAUCAAUACGCUGAAGAACGCCACUACGAGCAAUGAGGGAGGCUUCUGCUAUCUGCGCAUUAACUUCCUGUCACCCGGCCAAGGUGUAGGUAGGAAAGACGAUCAGCCGUUUGAAGAUCCGAAUGCGCAGUUCAUCCGCUCUUUGACCUUCCGCAGCAAAGACGCUGGUCGUAUGGAGGACAUCAAGGACCAGAUAACCGAUAUGAAGAAGGCCACUAACCGCAAGGAGCAAGAAAGGAAAGACCUGGAAGAUGUCGUGGAACAAGACAAGCUCGUCGAGAUCCGCAACCGUCGUCCGCUCAGGCUGGACAACGUCUACAUGCGCCCUGCGAUGGAGUCAAAACGCGUUAGUGGCGCAGUUGAGAUCCACCAGAACGGUCUACGAUAUCUCCACAUGGGAGCCGGUAGAGUUGACAUCUUGUUCAGCAACGUCAAGCACCUCUUCUUCCAGCCCUGUGUGGGCGAGCUAAUUGUCAUCAUACACGUGCACCUCAUCAACCCCAUCAUCAUCGGCAAGAAGAAGACGAAGGACUUGCAGUUCUACCGCGAAGCGACCGAAAUGCAAUUCGACGAGACGGGGAACCGGAAGCGGAAGCACCGGUACGGUGACGAAGAGGAGUUCGAGGCCGAGCAAGAAGAGAAGCGCCGCCGGGCGCAGCUCGACAAGGAGUUCAGGAACUUCACGGAGAAGAUCGCGGACGCGGGCAAGGGUGACGGCAUUACCGUCGACAUGCCCUUCCGUGAUCUUGGCUUCAACGGUGUGCCGAGCAGGAGUAGCGUGAUCGUACAACCCACAACGGACUGCUUAGUACAACUCACCGAACCGCCAUUCAUGGUCAUCACACUCAAUGACAUCGAAGUCGUACAUCUCGAGCGCGUGCAGUUCGGGCUGAAGAACUUCGACAUGGUCAUUGUCUUCAAGGACUUCACACGAGCACCUGCCCACAUUAACACCAUCCCCGUGGAGUCGCUAGAUGGCGUUAAAGACUGGCUGGACAGCGUUGACAUCCCUUAUACCGAAGGACCACUCAACCUCAACUGGGCGACAAUCAUGAAGACCGUUAUCGCAGAUCCGCACGCUUUCUUCAAGGACGGCGGUUGGUCGUUCUUGUCAACCGAGUCGGAUUCGGAAGGCGACGACGAGGAAGAAGAGGAGAGUGCUUUCGAGGUUUCAGAGGAGGAGCUAGCGAGUGAGGAGAGCAGCGAGGAUGAGAGUGAGUUCGACGACGAUGCGAGUGCGGAGGCGUCGGAGGAGGAAGUCAGUGAAGAUGAAGAGGGUGAGGACUGGGACGAGCUGGAGAAGAAAGCAGCAAGGAAGGACCGGGAGAGUGGGUUGGACGAUGUGGAGAAGAAGAAAAGUGUUCCGAAGAAGAAGAGGUGAAGGUGAGCUUGUGGAGGAUGUAAGUCUGCAGAGCUGGUGGCUGGCGAUCUUGCGAAUCCGUAGCUUGCUGAAGUUCAGCGCCUCCCGUCAAGGGCGACCUUCUUGGCGACGAGAAUCAGCGUCUUCUCAAUCUCGCAACCG